AUGAAUGAGAUAAACAUAAAAGCUCUCAAAAGCUCGGCCGGUCACUCGGCGUUCUCCUCGGCUCUGCUGGACGAGUAUCUGGAGGCUGAAGGUCAGCGGAUCAGUGAACGCGCCGCCGUGUUUUCCUCCAGCGCUCCGUCUCCGGUGCUCUAUCAGCUGCCCGUCAGGAGCAGCAGCUACGUGAGGACCCUAGAUAGUGUGCUUCAGACGCGCAGCUCUGCCCCCUCCGGAGCCCGUGACAAGCGCACUAAAGCGUGGCGAUCCCGACGAGGUGUUAGAACGGCUCCCGAAGCCUCGGUGCGCUCUCCCUCGGGCCAGACUCCGGUGGAAAACGCAGCGUGUCUGAAGAGCCUCCUCAGCGUCCGGCGGCGUCCAGCGGAGCUCACUCCAGACGCAGGAGAAAGGUACCGGCGGCGCAGGCGAACGCUGAGGUUCAACAGAGACGCGGUGGACGGAGCGCAGUCCUCUACAGUCGCUCAGAAGCAGACGGAGCUGCAGGCUCAGGAGGAGCAGGCCGUCUCUCUCGGACAGAGUCCCACUCACAUCAGCGCCGAGAGAGCCGGCUUCGCUCUGAGCUCGCUGCUGACCGCUCAGAGAGCGGAGAAGACGCAGCGGGUCGGGGACGGUGUGUGUGGGAAAGACUUCUGCCGGCUGGGCUGCGUGUGUGAGAGUCUGAACAGAGAAGUGCGAGGAUCCACUCACUGCAGACGCGUGCAGUGCAUGUUCAGCUGCGGCUGCUUCAGACACAAGAUCCUCCUCGUGCGCUCCGAGACCAGCGCCGGGAGCCUGGUGGCCUUCCCCAUCGCUGGCCCUGGAUCAGACGGCAGGCCGGAGCCGGCGCUCAGAGUCAGCAUGCUGUGGAGGAGGAGAGCGGGGGAGAGAACGCCCCCGAGCCGCUCUUCACUCCCAGAGCCGCCGGAGCGCCGAGACCAGCGCAGCCCCAUCUCAUGCCCCCGCGCCGCGGCACAGGCCUCAGGUCAGCCGCUGCUCAUCAAGGAGCUGUUUACAGACCGAGCUUUCAGUUUUUAUCAUAGUUAGUCAACUUGUCCUGUU